GGCUUUCGGCGUUGUCGACGCUCCUAUGUGGGUGGUCAAGGCUCUUUGCGGCCGCCGGCUUUGUGAAAUACGUACGGACGACGGCAUGGUUGUUCGCCAUUACGACCAGAUGUGCCCACGAGUGGUGGCCACGCCGGUGCCACCGGCCCUUCCUUUGCCUCCACCAGCCCGAGACGCCAGUCCUGUCGCUGCUGCCAAUCUACCGUACGUAUUGCUGCAGCCGACGUCACUACCGCUUCCGAGUACGCCGGAACCGGCCCCAGUCAUGACGCCGCCUUCUCCGGGACCCAUCUCGCUGGAGCACACCCCCAGGUCCACGACACCUAUGGAUGCUGCUCCGGAGUUUUCACCCAUCAUCUUGUCCAGGAGGCACGUUCCACGCACGAGCUUCCGUCCUGGACAUUUUCAACCAUACUCUCGUGUCUCUCCGCGGGAUCUUCUCGUGGCCUCACAAGAGGCCAUGGAUGUCUCCGCACUGUCCAUGUCUCCAAGGAAGUGAGUUUUUUUUUAAGGGGGAAAAGUGUUGUGACAGUGCCAUGACAUUUACAGUGCCGCCACGACAGUACGCGCAAACAGCGAUAGAGGCGCUCCGCAACUCGGCUGAGCGCGGGAGCGCCACCUAGCUACGAACGGCGCCGGCCGCACGUCACGGCACGGAGUCGAUUAAGAGAUACUGAGUUGUUAUCAUGUAACCAGCUAUUGUUUCUAAGUGAGUGUGUUUGAAUAUCCAAGCAAUUAUUGGUGAUUAAAGGUUAUAACAGUUUCCUUA